UGUUGUCUUGUUCUUUUAGAAAUAAGCUGUGUUGUUUUGUUAAAUAAGUACAGUUAUUGAGUUAAGCCAUUGUUUAGCUAAGAUAUUAGAACUUCUUCUUAACAUAUAUUGUAGUCAUAAAAUAAAUAAUACAGAUUAUACAGUUAAUGACACUGCAAAGUGAAAGACAUAACCUAAGCACGUUAGGCCUAUUUGGAUAGGGCCUAAUGGUUGGGUAGAGAUGCUUUGAGAAGUCAUGUUUAAAGUUAAGCAAUUAAUAGAAACGAUCCUCCAAAUCAAGAAGAUUGAAACAAAAUGGAUAUUGAAGAGCCGAAUACUUCAACAGCUCACCUGCCUACAACCCCGAGUGUGUCAGGCCCACCAAGGCUUCUCAUUGGAGGAGUUCCUGUGGAUUUCCCUCACCAGCCAUAUUCUGUUCAAAAGUACAUGAUGAGUCAGGUUAUUCAAGCCUUGAAUAAAAUGCAAAACUGCCUGUUAGAAAGCCCGACGGGAACUGGAAAGACCCUCGGAUUGUUAUGUUCGACUCUAGCUUGGCAGUUAAAAGAGGAAAGUGACCUUCAAAAGCUAGAAGCAGAAUUCAAAAAAGAACAAGCUGAGAAGGACAAAGGGAAAAAAUCAUCUGCUGAAAAUCAACAGUCAGCCAAAGGUCAUUCAAGCCCAGUGGCAGAUAAAGAAGGAAGGAUGGGUGACAAGCAGGAAAAACUACAAGGGGAACAGGAUAGUUCCGAUUGCAAUUCAGACGAAGAUAUCUUCCAGCCCAAAAAGCGAUCGAAAUUACAGAAAAUGGAUACAUCAGAUGAGUUAUCAAAAAAAUUAAACUCUAGUAAUUUACUACCUAAAGAAAAAGGUUCAAUUUUACAAGAAAAUAAUCUGGAUCCUAUGAAAGAUGAAAGAAAAGGAGAUAUGGUCGACCCAUUUGAUGAGGAACCAAAAAAAUUUAAGCCUCCAAUAAUAUACUAUGGAACUAGAACUCACAAACAAAUUGCUCAAGUUGUUGACCAGUUAAAGAAAACCAGCCAUGCAAAAGAUAUCCGAAUGGCAAUUCUAGCAUCACGGGACUUCACUUGUGUAAACCCUACUGUGAAGGGCAAACCUCGAAUCGCUGACCUCUGCAGGGAAUGUAUUGAUCCUGCAUUUAAUAUCGGAUGUACUUACUACCACGGAGCAACUAAAAUGGGGAACCAUAAAAGCAUCUUAGAUUUAGGAGUUCCUAGAGUGUUUGACAUAGAGGAUAUAGUUGCUGUGGGCACCAGAAGAAGAGUGUGUCCUUACUUCACAUUACGGAACAUUGUCAAGACCUCGGACAUUGUUUUUUGUCCUUACAAUUACCUGAUACAUCCUGAUAUGAGAUCGUCGAUGAACAUAAAUCUUCAAGGCUCAAUCGUCAUUUUGGAUGAGGCCCACAACAUUGAAGAUAUCUGUCGAGAUACGGCAAGUUUAUCGCUCAAAUCAGACAGCGUUGCUGCUGCAAUCAAGGAGUGUAGAGAACAGCAAAAGCAUCACAUGCCAGAAGAAUAUAGAGCCAUUGAGGAUUAUCUAGUUAAACUAGAACACUUCAUAGCUUCUGAAGGACCAAAGUGUAAUUACAAUAACGAUGGAUCAGAUGUUACUUGGCCUGGGUUUGCUUUUAUAGAAAGGCUGCAUGAUGCAGGCAUAACGUUGGAUGCCUAUAACGUAAUGUUGGAAAAUGUGAAUAGAAUAGAACAAGCAAAGUCAGAAGAUCCUGAGGCCAAUGCAGCUCUGGGUGGGACAGUCAAAACAGUUUGUUCCGAGAUAAAAUGCUGCUUCAAGCAUCUUUACAUGCCAGAAAACAAGAUGAAAUUUCAAGCCUGCUUUGUUAGGGAAGUAGGCUUCAAGCAAACACUACCGGACAAUUGGUUCUCUAAACACCGAAGAAACUCAUCUUCAGGAGAACGAGAGUGGAAAUAUGGUUUACGAGUUGUGUGUUUGGACCCCUCGUUGGUGUUCAAGGAGCUGUCAUCGGCUCGUACAAUCAUCUUGGCCUCAGGGACGCUCUCACCUUUGGAUUCAUUUAUCACAGAACUUGGAGUCGAGUUCAAACAUAUUGUCAGAGGAAAGCAUGUCGUCCCACCAGAAAACCUGUAUGUGUCUACAAUUUCUAACGGACCAAAAGGAUGUGUUGUCCAGGGUACAUACAACGUAAUCCAUGAGUAUUACUAUCAAGAUGAAAUUGGUAGGAUCGUCCUUGAAACUUCCAAGAUUGUCCCUCAUGGAGUUUUGUGCUUUGUCCCGUCUUACGUAUUACUGUCCAAACUCCGUGAAAGGUGGACAAGCAAUGGAAUACUAGAUGAGCUUGAAACUGUGAAAGAAAUAUUCUUUGAACCGAAGGAGCGAGACCAAAUGAACGCGGUCAUGGAUGAUUUCAAUUACACAAUCGAUGAGUCCCGUCAGAACCAGGCAAAAGGAGCAAUCUUGUUCGGAGUAUAUCGGGGAAAGAUUGCUGAAGGGGUGGACUUUAGUGAUGAGAGCGCCCGAGUUGUCAUAGCUGUUGGAAUCCCUUUCCAAAACAAAUUCAGCUUUGAAAUUAAGGAGAAAAUAAAGUACAAUAAUGGUAUGGCCACAAAAGACAGCAAUCUCCUCAGCGGUAAUAAGUGGUACACCAUUCAGGCAUACAGAGCUCUUAACCAGGCCCUGGGUAGAUGCAUUCGUCAUCAAAAUGACUGGGGAGCCAUAGUUUUGGUUGAUUCAAGAUUUUCGGCUAAUGAAGUACAAGAGAGUCUUCCCACUUGGAUACGAUCAAAGCUCAGGACCUUUCAGUCAUGGAAUAACUACAUGGCAGAGAUACAACAGUUUUGCAACCGGAAGAAUAUCACCCAGUCGUGAUCAUCAGAACGUUGAUAAGUAAAAACAUUCGACGUGCAAAGUCUACAAGCACAUCAUCAGAACUGUGAUAGCCUAGUCACUAGGCCUUGUUGCCUCAUUUAGGGAAUGAAACUCUGAUUAUCUGAGUUUUUGCCAUAUCACCUAUAGAAUUCAAACUCGAAUAUAGUUAUAUAAUCCUGGUUUUGGUGCUACACAGUGAUUGUUUCAUUGAAAUGUUUGUAAGCAUAAAAAAAUUGCAUUGAUUCAAAUGUUGUGAUACAGAACAAAAAACGUUUUAGAUGACAUUUUUGGCAAAAAAACCCUAUUAAUUCAAGAAUUAUGUGGUUUUGCAAGCUGUAAAAUAACUCGUCAGAUAUCCAGUGUUACUGGUUAAAGUAGAGUUCUUAUGAGUUGUGGUGGUUUGAUAGUUUAGGGACGGAAAUGGAGUUCUCAAUGGUUUUAAACGGUGCAGUGAUGCUGGACUACUGCAGACUAAACUUUAGUAGUUUUUAACCAAGUGUCCAGUGUCCAUUAGACUAACAAAAUUAAAACGGUGAAGUAAAAAAAAAUCAAAGCCUUUACAUGGAAAGAGUUUAAAAAUAUUUUUGGUUAUGUUUGCUAUUGAUAAUCCUUUAUAACUGAUGUAUUACACAAAAAUACAUAUGAAAACUAUGUUUAAUAAAUAUUGACCUCAUUGAUAUUCAAGACACAGCAAUAUUAUGGCACUUUACAAUUAAGAUUCAAAUAAUCAGAGAUUAAAUGUUUUACAAAAUAAAGACUGUUAUUUAUAGUUUUGAGUAUUAAUCGGAUUUUAUGUUUACCUUCG